AAAAUGAGUACAUGGUGAACAUCAAAUGAGUACUUGAGUGAAAAUAUUGUAACCGGUCAAGGCAGUGCAGAAUUAAAUAAAAAUAGCUUUUUUAUUGAAUUAAAGCAAUGACUGCAUUUGAAGAGUUUGGUGUGCUCCCAGAGCUGGGUAAAGCGACCGAUGAAUUGGACUGGACCUUGCCAACUGAUGUGCAGGCAGAGGCGAUUCCACUUAUACUCGGCGGAGGCGAUGUUCUAAUGGCAGCCGAAACAGGCUCCGGCAAAACCGGCGCAUUUUGUUUGCCCAUUCUUCAAAUUGUGUGGGAAACGAUUCGCGACUUGCAGUCGGGAAAGUCGAGUAAAGGGAAAAGUUCAACAUCUGGAGCGGUCGCACCUUGGACAAUGUCGUUUUUCGAUCGUAAUAAUGCAUUAGCUGUGACUCCGGACGGCUUGCGUUGCCAGUCGCGUGAGUUCAAGGAAUGGCACGGAUGUCGAGCCACCACCGGGGUCUAUGGCAAAGCCAAAUUCUAUUACGAAGCUAUAGUCACCGAUGAGGGCUUGUGCCGUGUGGGAUGGUCCACUCAAAUGGCAAACUUAGAUCUGGGUACAUGUCGCUACGGGUUCGGCUUUGGCGGCACCGGCAAAAAGUCCAACAAUCGUCAGUUUGAUGAUUAUGGAGAGGCUUUCGGUAAAGCAGAUGUAGUAGGUUGUUUGCUGGACCUGCAACGCCUUGAAGUAAGCUUCACCAAAAAUGGCACGUCUUGUGGGGUAGCUUUCAAGAUACCUGAAAAUCUACGCAAUGACACAUUUUAUCCAGCAGUUGUGCUGAAGAAUGCUGAGAUGCUAUUUAAUUUUGGCAAAACAGACUUUAAGUAUCCGCCAGGCAAUGGCUACGUUGCUGUAUGUCAAGCAGGUUCUGACCAUAGCACAGCCAAUCCUCUGGCCAGCCCUGCAGCAAACUCAGCAGCUAGCAAACCGGCGCCCAACGCACCUCAAGCUAUAAUCAUAGAGCCGAGUCGCGAGCUGGCGGAACAAACCUACAACCAGAUUGAGAAAUUGAAGCUUUAUGUGACCAAUCCCGAUGUGCGUCCCCUGCUGCUUAUUGGAGGCGUGCGUCUGGAGGAGCAGAAAGCGGAACUGCAAAAGGGAAUACACAUUGUGGUGGGAACUCCCGGUCGUCUGGAGGAGCUCAUCAACAGUGGUUUCGUACAGCUCACACAUUGUCGUUUCUUCGUCUUAGACGAGGCGGAUGCCCUACUUAAGCAAGGUUAUACAGAUCUAAUUGAACGUCUGCACAAACAGAUACCAAAAAUAACUAGCGAUGGCUGUCGACUGCAGAUGAUCGUCUGCUCUGCCACUUUGCACGCUUUUGAGGUAAAAAAGAUGGCCGAACGCUUAAUGCACUUUCCCACUUGGGUAGAUCUGAAGGGCGAAGAUGCAGUGCCGGAGACUGUGCAUCAUGUGGUGUGCAUGGUCGACCCGCACGUAGACAACAGUUGGCAGCAACUCCGGCAGUCUGUGCGUACUGAUGGCGUACACGAUCACGACAAUGUCCAUCCCUCUAAUCCAUCCCCAGAGACCAUGUCACAGGCUGUGAAACUGCUCAAGGGUGAAUACUGCAUUCGGGCCAUUGAUCAACAUAAAAUGGACCGAGCCAUAAUUUUUUGCCGCACCAAACAGGACUGCGAUAACUUGGAGCAUUAUCUCCGUCAGCGUGGUGGACAGCGCUACUCUUGUGUCUGUUUGCAUGGCGAUCGCAAGCCACAGGAACGCAAACAGAAUCUGGAAUUUUUUAAGCGCCAGCAGGUCAAGUUUCUCAUAUGCACGGAUGUGGCUGCACGUGGACUGGACAUCACGGGAUUGCCAUUCAUGAUCAAUAUAACGCUACCAGAUGAUAAAUCUAACUAUGUGCAUCGCAUCGGACGCGUGGGUCGUGCAGAGCGUAUGGGCCUUGCCAUCAGUCUGGUAUCUACAGUGCCGGAGAAGGUUUGGUAUCAUGGCGAAUGGUGCAAGAGUCGUGGACGCAACUGUCACAAUACCAAUUUAACUGAUGUGCGCGGUUGUUGCAUCUGGUACAAUGAACCCAACCUUCUGGGCGAGGUGGAGGAGCAUCUUAACAUAACCAUACAGCAGGUGGACAAGUCUUUGGAGGUGCCCGUUAAUGAUUUUGAUGGCAAGGUGGUCUACGGUCAGAAGAAUCUCAAUAAGGGCACUGGAUAUGUAGAUCAUGUUGAGCAACUGGUACCAACGGUUCGCAAAUUGACUGAUUUGGAAUUGCAAUCACAAUCUUUAUUCUUGAAACGCUUAAAGGUCUAAAGUGGUUCGAUUUUGG